AUGGCGCUGGAGACCCUCUCCCCGGACUGGGAGUUCGACCGCCUCGACGACGGCUCGCAGAAAAUUCAUGCCGAAGUGCAGUUGAAGAAUUACGGAAAAUUUCUUGAGGAAUAUACAUCUCAGCUGAAGAGAAUUGAAGAUGCUUUGGAUGACUCUGUUGGAGACGUUUGGGACUUCAGUCUUGAUCCCAUUGCUUUAAAGCUGUUGCCAUAUGAACAGUCCUCCCUACUGGAGCUCAUAAAGACAGAAAACAAGGUUCUAAACAAAGUAAUAACUGUGUAUGCUGCUCUUUGCUGUGAAAUCAAGAAGUUAAAAUAUGAGGCAGAAACUAAAUUUUAUAAUGGCCUCUUGUUUUAUGGAGAAGGAGCCACAGAUUCCAGCAUGGUGGAGGGAGAUUGCCAAAUACAGAUGGGAAGAUUUGUUUCUUUCUUGCAGGAGCUGUCUUGCUUUGUUACCCGAUGUUACGAAGUGGUGGUGAAUGUAGUGCAUCAGUUGGCUGUUCUCUAUACCAGCAACAAGAAUGCACCUAAAAUUAUAGAGACGUCUGGAGUUCAUUUUCAGGCAAUGUAUGAGCAUCUGGGAGAGUUGCUCACAGUCUUAAUCACUCUGGAUGAAAUAAUUGACAAUCAUGCCACUCUGAAAGAUCACUGGACCAUGUAUAAGAGGCUGCUAAAAUCUGUCCAUCACAACCCUUCUAAGUUUGGGAUUCAAGAAGAUAAACUGAAGCCAUUUGAAAAGCUGCUGUUAAAACUGGAAUGCCAGUUACUUGAUGGAAUGAUAUUUCAGGCCUGUAUAGAGCAACAAUUUGAUUCGGUAAAUGGUGGAGUGUCAGUGUCGAAGAACAGCACGUUUGCUGAAGAAUUUGCUCAUACUCUUCGCACAGCUUUUGCAAAUGUUGAAGCCAAACUUGGUGAACCUUCAGAAAUUGACCAGAGAGAUAAAUACGUGGGCAUCUGUGGCCUCUUUGUACUGCAUUUUCAGAUUUUUCGGACCAUAGACAAGAAAUUUUACAAGUCAUUGUUGGAUGUCUGUAAAAAGGUACCAGCCAUCACAUUAACUGCUAACAUUAUCUGGUUUGCUGACAACUUCCUGAUUCAGAAGAUACCAGCUGCUGCCAAACUUCUGGACAAGAAAAGUAUUCAUACAGUUAAAAUGCAAAGGGAGAACUUUCUACAGCAGAAGGCACAGUCACUUACCAAAGAUAUGCAGUCAUACUAUGUUUUUGUGAGCUCAUGGAUGACAAAAAUGGAAUCUAUCUUGUCAAAGGAGCAACGCAUGGAUAAGUUUGCUGAAGAUCUUUCUAACCGCUGCAAUGUCUUCAUCCAGGGUUUUCUUUAUGCAUACAGUCUUAGCACCAUCAUUAAAACUACAAUGAAUCUCUACAUGUCAAUGCAAAAACCUAUGACCAAAACCUCGGUGAAAGCUUUAUGCAGACUUGUGGAACUUCUAAAGGCAAUAGAACACAUGUUUUACCGGAGAAGUAUGGUUGUGGCAGAUUCUGUGACGCACAUCGCUCAGCAUCUGCAGUAUCAGGCUCUUCACUCUAUUUCUGUAGCCAAGAAAAGAGUAAUUUCUGAUAAAAAGUACAGUGAGCAACGCCUGGAUGUCCUCUCUGCUUUGGUGUUGGCUGAGAACACCCUCAAUGGGCCAAGUACAAAACAGAGGCGACUAAUUGUUUCCCUUGCACUAAGUGUGGGAACACAGAUGAAAACUUUUAAAGAUGAAGAACUCAUUCCUCUUCAGUUAGUUCUGAAAAAACUAGACUUGAUCAGUGAACUUACAGAGCGAGUUCGAGCACAAUGUGACUGUUGUUUCUUAUACUGGCAUCGAGCAGUCUUUCCAAUCUAUUUAGAUGAUGUGUAUGAAAAUGCGGUUGAUUCUGCUAGACUGCAUUAUAUGUUUAGUGCACUACGGGACUGUGUACCUGCUAUGAUGCAUGCAAGACACUUGGAAUCUUAUGAGGUGCUUCUGGAAUGCUAUGACAAAGAAAUCAUGGAAGUGCUCAAUGAGCACUUGCUGGACAAAUUAUGUAAGGAGAUAGAAAAGGACCUGCGCUUAUCAGUUCAUACCCACCUAAAGCUGGAUGACAGAAACCCCUUCAGAGUUGGUAUGAAGGAUCUAGCUCACUUCUUCUUUCUGAACCCAAUACGUUUUUUCAAUCGAUUCAUUGACAUAAAAGCUUAUGUAACUCACUAUUUGGACAAGACCUUCUACAACUUAACGACUGUAGCUCUUCAUGACUGGGCCACCUACAGUGAAAUGAGAAACCUAGCAACUCAACGCUAUGGUUUAAGUAUGACUGAAGCACAUCUUCCCAGCCAGACUCUGGAACAGGGUCUGGAUGUUUUGGAAAUCAUGAGAAAUAUUCAUGUUUUUGUGUCCCGCUACCUCUACAAUCUGAAUAAUCAGAUCUUCAUUGAAAGAACAAGUAAUAACAAACACUUGAACACUAUCAAUAUCCGACACAUUGCUAAUUCAAUUCGAACUCAUGGAACAGGAAUAAUGAACACAACAGUAAACUUCACUUACCAAUUUUUGAGGAAAAAGUUUUAUAUUUUUAGCCAGUUCAUGUAUGAUGAACAUAUAAAAUCCAGACUUAUCAAAGACAUCAGAUUCUUCAGGGAAGUCAAGGAUCAAAAUGAUCACAAGUAUCCCUUUGAAAGAGCAGAUAAAUUCAACCGCGGCAUCAGAAAACUUGGAAUAACCCCGGAUGGGCAGAGCUAUCUUGACCAGUUCAGGCAACUCAUAAGUCAAAUUGGCAACGCUAUGGGUUAUGUACGAAUGAUAAGAUCUGGUGGACUUCACUGCUGUAGUAGUGCAAUUAGGUUUGUUCCUGAUCUGGAAGAUAUCGUUAACUUUGAAGAGCUGGUGAAAGAAGAAGGACUCUCAGAAGAAACACAAAAAGCAGCAAGGCAGUUGGACUCUGUCCUCAGUGACCUCACGCGUAACUUUGCAGAAGGAACGGAGUACUUCAAAAUGCUUGUGGAUGUAUUUGCUCCUGAAUUCCGCAGUCCAAAGAAUAUGCAUUUGCGGAACUUCUAUAUAAUUGUUCCCCCGCUGACCCUCAAUUUUGUAGAGCAUUCAAUCAGUUGCAAGGAGAAAUUGAAUAAGAAGAACAAAAGUGGAGCAGCUUUCACUGACGAUGGGUUUGCCAUGGGUGUGGCUUACAUUCUGAAGCUUUUGGAUCAGUACCAGGAGUUUGAUUCUCUGCACUGGUUCCAGUCUGUUAGAGAGAAGUACGUGAAGGAAAUAAGAGCAGUAGCUAAGCAACAGAAUGUGCAGUCCACUAAUCAAGAUGAAAAACUACUACAAACUAUGAACCUUACCCACAAGCGACUGGAAGUUUGUUUACAGGAAUUUGAACUCCUGUAUUUCUCACUAAGUAGUGCAAGAAUUUUUUUCAGAGCAGACAAAACUGCAGCAGAAGAAAACCAGGAAAAGAAAGAAAAAGAAGAGGAAUCUGUUAAAGGAAGCAACGGAGAUCUUUCCAACUCUACGCCUGCAGAUCCUGUUGUGAAAUGAUAUGGCUGAGAAUGGGAAAACCAGAGAAGUUAACGUAAUAAAUUACUUCUCAUUUCAUACCGAAGGUCUGAUUUGCAUCUACAGAAGUAAGGAAAUCCAGAGCCAAGACAGAACCACAAUCAGCUCUUCCUUUUAUGACCAGACACUGUGUGAUGGGUGUCUGUAAAUAUUAAGUGAUCUUACACUUCAUGAAUACGUUGUGCCUAAUUGCAAGUUUCAGCCUCAAUUCUGUAUUUCCUAGCCUUUGUAGGUCUGUUGUACCGUCUGUGUUGUUCAUACAGUCUUACAUGCCUGAUUAUUAACAAUAAUUGCACUGCAGGCUUCAGAAGCUGCUGAACACUGUGAGAACCCUGUAUAAUUAUGACAUCUGUUAAUGCCUGCAAGUAGAGGUUCUAGACUGUGCAAGAGUUACUCAGAUUCCUAACUUAAGUAGCUAGACUUAGCUUAAAAGUAAACACCACUUUCAUUGAAAGAUAUAGUUGUGUUUUUAAUCUCCCAGAACAUAGAACACUUCUAGGUCUUACUAACUAGAAUAAACCACUCUAGUCAGUCCAACUGAGAAUUACUUUUUGGGGGGUUUUUUUGGCACUCUCAGCUAUAUUUUUAGACCAUACUUGCCAGCUGCUUUCAUCUUUUCUAAUUACAAAAAAGGUAAUGUUUUCAUGGUUCAAAUUGUUCCACCCACCCACCCUUGGGUCACUGGUUACGACAAUUCCUGAUGUAAUUCUGAUUCGCCCUUUCCCGCCAGUCACUUCAACAUUCAGAAAACUAGGAUAAAUGUUUUGUUGCAACUGGAAAGACCAGACUGAUAGGAAAGUCCUUUCGUUGGUUCUGAAAACAUGACACAGAAGCUUCAUGGGCUGGUUUAAAUCAGCUGGGCUCAUUAAAGUUUUUAUUUUUAAUUCAUUGUAACUGCAGAGACUGCCCUAAAGAAUGCUGCAUUACUUGUUUUAUAUUUUUGCUUUUUUAUUUUGAUACAGGUAUUUUUUCAUAACUUGUGUACACUUUCUUUUUUGACCAAAUUGUGCCCGCACCGAACCCUCAGUAGCGCUGCUGAGAUCAGCGUUCUUGCUGCUGCUGCUAAUUUCCAUACUAUUGCAAUUGCAGUGUACAUAUUUCCAUAUUCUUAUCUCAUCUGAAGUCACAUAAGUUCUUGGGUUGGAGCGGCCAAGCACUACACUUCCUUCUUCCACAGCAACUGCAGAAUCACGUAUAGAUGGUGUUUGUUUCCCCCAGGAUGGACUUGCUAGGUAGCUAUGUACAGUCAAGACAUUACCUGUGCCCUAAUAAAAUCUGCACUUGCAUUUUCCC